CCACCGGUGUCCCGUCUGUUGGUGUCCCCUCCAUUGGUGUCCACUCCACUGCUGUCCCCUCCAUUGACAUUCCCUCCAUCAGUGUCCCUUCUGUUGGUGUCCACUCCACUGGUGUCUCUUCUGAUGGUGUCCCCUCCAUCGUGUCCACUCCACUGGUGUCCUCUCCGUCGCUGUCCCCUCCACUGGUAUCUCUCCAUCAUCGUCCCCUCCGUCGCUGUCCCCUCCAUCGUUAUCUCCUCCAUCUUUGUCCCCUCCGUCACUGUCCCCUCCAUCAUCAUCCCCUCCAUCAUCGUCCCCUCCAUCGAUGUCCCCUCCAUCUUUGUCCUCUCCAUCAUCGUCCCCUCCGUCGCUGUCCCCUCCAUCGUUAUCUCCUCCAUCUUUGUCCCCUCCGUCACUGUCCCCUCCAUCAUCAUCCCCUCCAUCAUCGUCCCCUCCAUCGAUGUCCCCUCCAUCUUUGUCCUCUCCAUCAUCGUCCCCUCCGUCGCUGUCCCCUCCAUCGUUAUCUCCUCCAUCUUUGUCCCCUCCGUCACUGUCCCCUCCAUCAUCAUCCCCUCCAUCAUCGUCCCCUCCAUCGAUGUCCCCUCCAUCUUUGUCCUCUCCAUCAUCGUCCCCUCCAUCGCUGUUCCCUCCAUCUUUGUCCUCUCCAUCGCU